AUGGAAUACUACAGCCUAAAAGACGCGCUUUCCGAGGGGGUGCUUCUGAAAGUGAGGCUGAAGUGCGAGGUUUCAGACGCGCGCGUGCAGGAGCUUCUAAAGGGGCGGCCUAUUGAAGGCGACUGCGUGUAUCUUCCGUACUACAUGGUUGAGUGCAUUUCGAGCACCAGCUAUGUGGAGAUAGUUGACGUUCUAGGGCAAGAAGUGCUUGAGGAGAUGGAGGGUGCGCCGGAGCACGUGGACAUGGAGGGCCGGCUUUUCUACAGCGCGCUGUGCAAAAUCGACGGGAUGCAUCCGCUGGGGCCGGGUGCGAAGGCGACGGUGAAGGCGAUGCAUCUGAGCCGGGCGGUUUCUGGGAGCGCGGAGUUGGGGGGCUCUGCGGUGCGGGGCGUGUACUCGCGGGAGGAGGAGGCGAUUCUCCGGAAGGGGCGGCUUGGGUGGCGAGGGGGCAAAAAGGAAGAGCAAAAAUGA